GAAGCGGCUGCCGAGCAGGAACGUCACGGACGGAGAGAAAAAGUGUCCCGUUAUUUUAUUUUUUUAAUUUUAUUUUAUUUAUUUAUUUACGAACGAGUCCUUUCAGAUGCGCGACAUCUCGCAGGCCUCUUUGUUCUCUGUUUAUAUGCCUGCUUACCAAGGACAGGAUGGCAUAAGAACUUGUCCUGGAUACUGUGAGAGAGUGGCCCCAUCCAAUGAUAGCAGUCGAUGUGGGCAGCAGUCUCAUCCCUGCGGCUGAGAUCAAGUAUGUCACGAGUGACCUCCACCGCCAAGCGCUACUCGGGGUCAGCACUUACAGGGCAUUAUGUCAGCUACACACCAUCCUACCCCUCCGUCUCCUACAAAACUACAAACUCAACCUAUGGUGGGAGCUACCUGACCUCAAGUCGCCUGCGUAACUACAGUACCUCUUCUGAGCCUGACAGGGGGCGCCAGAUCCCUCGUACAGAAAUCCUGAGCAGUCGGCGCAGUGAGAGCCUCAGUCGGACCCCUGUUAAGGCCUAUGGUUCAGGAUUGAGUGGGGGCUACAGUUCAUAUGCCUACUCAGCGACUUCAGCGCAGUCCAGCUACCUGUCAUCUUCACCGUCCUCCUCCACGAUCUCUACUAAAAGUGGUCUUAGCCGCCGCAAAUCAAUCAGUCAGACUGACCUGACCCGGGACAUGGUGAGCCUCACCUUGUCCGAGUCUUCCUCCAGCUGCAGGCAAGAAGUGGAUGGCCUGCAAAACACCUACAGAAGUGGGCACAGCAGGGGCAUUGAGGUUAUGGACUCAUAUGGAACCUCACGAACUGGAUAUGGAAUAUCUCGGAGUUCCACACAGGAAGCCAUUGGGAGUAGUCUCAAGAGCAGUUCUCGGUUCAGUCCCUUAUUGGAUAGGACCAGCUCACCUUGCAAGGAAACCACGAACUCCAAGAGUGCCCAAGGCCUGAUCGGGCUCCGAAAUCUGGGAAACACAUGCUUCAUGAAUUCAAUCCUGCAGUGCCUAAGCAACACCCGUGACCUCCGGGAUUACUGUCUACAAAACUCCCAUCGCCGCGACCUUAACAACAGUCGGUCAAACACAGCCCUGAUGGAAGAAUUUGCCAAGUUAAUCCAGACUCUGUGGACAUCUUCAGGUAGUGAGGCUGUCAGCCCAUCAGAAUUUAAGACACAAAUUCAGAAGUAUGCCCCACGGUUUGUUGGUUACAAUCAACAAGAUGCUCAGGAGUUUUUAAGGUUUCUAUUGGAUGGUUUGCACAAUGAGGUUAACCGUGUCACGGUACGGCCCAAAGCCAUCAUGGAGGAUUUAGAUCACCUGACGGAUGAUGAGAAAGGGAAGCGAAUGUGGAAGAAGUACCUGGAAAGAGAGGACAGUCGGAUUGUAGACCUUUUUGUGGGACAGCUGAAGAGCUCCCUGACCUGCAAUGAAUGUGGCUAUUGCUCUACAGUGUUUGACCCCUUCUGGGACCUCUCUCUGCCCAUUGCCAAGAAAGGAUAUGGUGAGGUAUCCUUGAUGGACUGCAUACGGUUAUUCACCAAGGAGGAUGUCCUCGAUGGAGAUGAAAAGCCGACCUGCUACAGAUGUAAAGCCAGGAGGAAAUGUACAAAAAAGUUCACCAUUCAGAGGUUCCCAAAGAUUUUGGUGCUCCAUCUCAAACGGUUUUCUGAAGCACGGAUCCGAAUGAGUAAACUGUCCACAUUUGUGAACUUCCCCCUCAAGGAUCUGGACUUGAGGGAAUUUGCCUCGGAGAACAGCAUUCAUGCUGUCUACAAUCUGUGUGCUGUCUCAAACCAUUCAGGUACCACAAUGGGUGGGCACUACACGGCAUACUGCCGUAGUCCUGCAUCGGGUGAAUGGUACACUUUCAAUGACUCUCGAGUAACACCUAUGUCAUCAAGUCAGGUCCGAACAAGUGAUGCCUACGUUCUCUUCUAUGAACUGUCCAGCCCUUCUUCUCGAAUGUGAUGGCAAACCAAUAAUGGAAGAGAGUCAGCAGGGAAAAACUAAACAUAAAGACAAAGUGAAAGCAGAAGAGGAACCUGGGAGGACUUGUGACUUCCCCCAAGCUCCUGCCUCCCUCAAAACACACAACACAUACACACACAUCCAUCCUCAUUCACUUUCCUUGGCCUGAAAGUGUGUGAAUGUGGUGCUCUUCAAGACGCCAACUGUGAAAAGGUUUGGCUGGAAAAAGAUGGAAUAACAUCCUGUAGGGAUAUAUCUAUCCAGAUGCAAGGGUUGGGGGAUGGGGGAGAUGGCCAGCUGCAUGUAAGAUGACCAGUAGAAUGCCUCCCAAAGACUUGGAGGUGCCAAGUGAAUUGUUGUGGUGUUCUUCUGACUGUACAGCGGUAGCCCUCCUCCUGAUCACACCAGCACAACUGCCGAUCUCCUGGAAACGGCUGCAUUGGAAGCAGGGUCUGGCACAGCUCUUUGUGUUGUCUCAUCUUGAGUUCCAGUUCCUACUGUUUUAAGUUAUUGACUUUUAUAUGAUGAAGCAAGAAUGCUGUGAAAUAAGGCUGAGAAUGUCCGUGCCGACUAAGGGCUGUGACUAAAGUAUGUGGCCUGCCAUGAAGUGGUGGAGAAAAAUGAUAGCUUCAUUGUCCUAUCAUUAUGCUCUUUUUAUUUUUAAUAUCAUCCUACGCUUCAAUUAACCACGAAUUUAACACAUUGUUCCAAUUUUUGUGGUGUUUUAUCUUCUUAUCUGUUGUCAUUUUGCUGACUGGAUAGCAUCCAUCUUUAUAUAACACCACGUAUUGAGAGUAGGGCAUAGCUUUUUGUUUAUUUCUUAAGGCUAGUCACCCAGGUGAGUUAAAAAACAGAGCAGCUUGUGCUUCCAAAUCCAAAUCCAGCUCAUUUGGCCUCACCACUACAUUGCAUGCUUCCAUGACCAGCAGCACCACUUUAAUGCCCAGUGUUUUUUUUGGCAGAACAACAAAUGGAGCCCCAGUUCCUCACCUAGAUCAUCUGCUUUAAGGACCAUCUGUCUGUUGGUGUGAGACAUGAUUACACCCGCCAUGGUCCAGUGUGCUGCCUCAUUCCUGAUGGCUAUGGACAUAAGUGAAAUGUCCUGUAUUUAGUGCCUUUUCUGGUCAAUACACCACAUUUUCCAAAAGCUUACUGGAGACUUGUCUGUAUUUAUAAAGAUUGCAAAGUAGUGCUUUGCGUAAGAGAAAGUAAAGUGCUAUGAGCAGCCACAGAUGAAGUGAAGAGUUUAGAAAUGAUUAAAACCUCCUUCACCAGCAGAGAAAGGCUAGUAACCGUAGGAAAAGAUUGCCACGUCCACUCAAUCUCUGUAACCCCUUUGUUUGCUCAGACAAUGUUUUGAUGUGCUGUGUGGAGUCUCUUGGAGAGGACUGUAUUACUCUAGUGUGUUGCUCGUCUAAAUUUUGCCCAACAAAUCUGGAGGAUAUGGACGUGUGGUGUGGAAAGGGGGCUCCUUUUAGCAGAAGGCUAUUUAUUGCAGUUAGAACCUACCUGGGUUUGGCAUUGGUUUGCCAUGUACUCCCAGUCCUGCAUCCAGUGAGUAAAAACGACUUUCCCUUCCUGCAAUUUAUAUGCAUUUUUUGUGUGUGCUGCCAUUUCUGGGGCACUUUGGUUCACAGUCCUUAAGGUUGUUGGCAGUUCUCUAGCACCCAGCUAUUGGUACGCUUAGAGAUGUGUGGAAGUGGGUGAAGCCAGAGCCAGGGUGGUGGCUUCUUUGAGACAUCACCUCGGCAGUCCUAAGAGUGUGUAAUAAUAGAAGCAUUAAUAAACUGUAUAAUUUAUUGCAAAGUGUAAAUAAAAAGCACAAGAUACCUUUUAACUCCUGAAUCUGCAAAAAAGCAAACUUUUUUAAUAAGACUGUAUUGAAUGCAUAACAAAGCAAAAAUACAUUCAACUGUGCAACAAA